CCUCGGAGGACUGGCCUGGGAAGGUCCCCAGGGUCUUCUCUCUCCUCGGUGCCUGAGAGCUCUGCCCACUGAAGAGUGAGGAGUCCGGAGAAAGAGGAGGCGGGGAAGGCGGCGCCCAGAGGCACCAUGUUCCGCAAGAAAAAAAAGAAACGCCCUGAGAUCUCGGCCCCACAGAACUUCCAGCACCGUGUCCACACCUCCUUCGACCCCAAAGAAGGCAAAUUCGUGGGCCUCCCCCCGCAAUGGCAGAACAUCCUGGACACACUGAGACGACCCAAGCCUGUGGUGGACCCUUCACGCAUCACUCGGGUGCAGCUCCAGCCCAUGAAGACGGUGGUGCGGGGCAGCUCGGUGCCCACGGACGGCUAUAUCUCCGGGCUGCUCAAUGAUAUCCAGAAGUUGUCGGUCAUCAGCUCCAAUACCUUGCGAGGCCGCAGCCCCACCAGCCGGCGGCGGGCACAGUCCCUGGGGCUGCUGGGGGAUGAGCAAUGGGCCAACGACCCAGACAUGUACCUGCAGAGCCCCCAGUCUGAGCGCACCGACCCCCACGGCCUCUACCUCAGCUGCAACGGAGGUGCACCAGCAGGCUGCAGGCAGACAACGCCGUGGCCUGAGCCGCAGAGCCCACGGGUCCUGCCCAAUGGGCUGGCCACCAAGGCACAGUCCCUGGGCCCUGCCGAGUUCCAGGGUGCCACGCAGCGCUGCCUGCAGUUGGGCGCCUGCCUGCAGAGCUCCCCACCUGGCACCUCGUCCCCCACAGCCACGGGCAGGCGUGGGACCAAGACUGCCAGGCAUGGCUCCGAGGAGACCCGGCCACAGUCCUGCUUGGUGGGCUCAGCCGCAGGCAGGCCGGGUGGGGAGGGCAGCCCCAGCCCUAAGACCCAGGAGAGCAGCCUGAAGCGCAGGCUGUUCCGAAGCAUGUUCCUGUCUGCCUCUGCCACCGCCCCUCCGAGCAGCAGCAGGCCAGGCCCUCCACCACAGAGCAAGCCCACCUCCUCUUUCAGACCACCACAGAAAGAAUGCCCCCCAAGCCUGGUGGCCAAGGCCCAGUCCUUGCCCUCGGACCAACCUGUGGGAAUCUUCAGCCCUCUGACCACCUCGGAUACCAGCAGCCCCCACAAGUCCCUCCGAACAGCGCCAGCUGCCGGCCCUCCUCCAGGCCGGUCUUCCCCGGCAGGCUCCCCCCGCACCCGGCAUGCUCAGAUCAGCACCAGCAACCUGUACCUGCCCCAGGACCCCACGGUGGCCAAGGGUGCCCUGGCUGGUGAGGACACGGGUGUUGUGACGCAUGAGCAGUUCAAGGCUGCACUCAGGAUGGUGGUGGACCAGGGUGACCCCCGGCUGCUGCUGGACAGCUACGUGAAGAUUGGCGAGGGCUCCACAGGCAUUGUCUGCCUGGCCCGGGAGAAGCAUUCGGGCCGCCAGGUGGCCGUCAAGAUGAUGGACCUCAGGAAGCAGCAGCGCAGGGAGCUGCUCUUUAAUGAGGUGGUGAUCAUGCGGGACUACCAGCACCUCAACGUGGUGGAGAUGUAUAAGAGCUACCUGGUGGGCGAGGAGCUGUGGGUGCUCAUGGAGUUCCUGCAGGGCGGGGCCCUCACAGACAUCGUCUCUCAAGUCAGGCUGAAUGAGGAGCAGAUCGCCACGGUGUGCGAGGCCGUGCUGCAGGCCCUGGCUUACCUGCACGCCCAGGGUGUCAUCCACCGGGACAUCAAAAGUGACUCCAUCCUGCUGACCCUCGACGGCAGGGUGAAACUCUCAGACUUUGGAUUCUGUGCGCAGAUCAGCAAAGAUGUCCCUAAGAGGAAGUCCCUGGUGGGAACCCCCUACUGGAUGGCUCCUGAAGUUAUCUCCAGGUCUCUGUAUGCGACGGAGGUGGAUAUCUGGUCUCUGGGCAUCAUGGUGAUUGAGAUGGUGGAUGGAGAACCACCCUACUUCAGUGACUCCCCAGUCCAAGCCAUGAAGAGGCUCCGGGACAGUCCCCCACCCAAGCUGAAGAACUCACACAAGGUCUCCCCUGUGCUACGAGACUUCCUGGAACGGAUGCUGGUGCGGGACCCCCAGGAGAGAGCCACAGCCCAGGAGCUCCUGGACCACCCCUUCCUGCUGCAGACAGGACUGCCUGAGUGCCUGGUGCCCCUGAUCCAGCUCUACCGCAAGCAGACCUCCACCUGCUGAGCCCACCCUCGGAGUGCACCUGCCACCUGUGCCCACAGGCAGCGGACACCAGGCCACCAGCUUGCCAACAGGGCCUGCCUGCCUGCCUCAUUCUCUCAGUAUUCUCUCCAAAGAUUGAAUGUGAAGCCCCACCCCCACCCCUCCCUACCCCUCAGCCCAUUGGGCCAGGCCGGACCUGCCCCUCGGUCACUCUCCCUCCCAAGAGUCCCCAGUUGCCUUUGGCAUGAUGGAGACCCCUUCCACAGGAUGACCCUUUGUUAUUUGCACAGGGAUAUUUCUACGAAACAUGGAGACCAGCGAUUCUGGCCUCUGUAGCCAACACAGCAGAAAAGGCUGCUGCAGUUUUUAUAAAGGUAGUUGUAUAUGAACAUCCCAGGUCACCCAAGAGGCAGACUGCCUGUCUUCACCAGGAUGCUUGCUCUUCUCAAUUCCAGUUCCAGACCCUGGGGUGUUAGGGCCACAGGAAAGGUGUUUAUUGCCCGAGUCCGUCUUCCUCCCUUGUGUCUGACCUUCUGAAGGCACAGUCCCACCUGCACCUGCUUCCAACCCACCUGUGCUGACAACAUUCUCCCUGCACAGCCCAUGCCCAACUGUGAACAGCCUGCCUGCUCAGGGCCAUGAGGGGGGGCAUUUUCUGGGUGAAAGAGGAAGAAGGCAGCUGGUGGUAAAGGUGGUCUCACUCUACAGGAUGUGUGUACAUGUGUGCGUGCGUGUGGGUGUACACACGUGUCAGAAGGUCACCCACAGCUGGCUUCCCUCCUCUCUCCCACUAAGUUCUGAAGGGACCUGCUUCCUUGGCCUGGCUUCCCGCCUCUUACAUCCCAAGUUUCUACCUGACCAGUAAAGAGGUCUGUGUUGAAGCUUGGCAGUUUUCUGAGUUUCUCCUGUCCUGUGACCAGAAUGGUGAGGGAACAAACUCUGUUUUACCUGAGGGCUUCAUCUCAAUAACCAGGUCUUCAGGGACCCGAUCUUUUGUGUGUGUGUGUAUGUGUGCAUGUGUGUGUGCUCAGGGGACCUGUUCUUUUCAAAAUCCUGUUCUGGGGGGUGCACCAGCUCCUGGGGUUCCAUCAUGUCACCAGAAUGGGUACCCCAUCUGUGCAAACCACCUACCCCCAGCUGCCUCCUCUGACACCUGUCUCCUUGUCCUCCCCUCCCCUACCUUCAGGGCUGUUGUGAGACAAGGAAUCCCAGGGAAGAAUCCAGGUGUCUGGACCCUGUCUAGAUAAUAUUUUUAGAUUCCUCUGCUCCCUAGUGGUCUGCUUUGGGGCAAACAAACAAAAAUUGUGAUGACUUUUUUUAAGGGGUCAGAGUUUUAAAAACAAAAGCAUCUACCGUAGAAACUUUUGUGAAGUUUGUUUGCACUUGUGCCUGUUUUAAAUUAAACUGAGUGUUCAAAA